CCAGAUUCUUUUUCUUCAGAUCUAGACACGUCACUGCUGCGGGAUUGGCCGUUGGACUUUAGAGCAUCCUCCCCAGAUUCUGCAGCAUCAGUUGAGAAAUGUUCCUUAAGUCCGGACAUGAUGUCUGUUCAAAACAACAGACAACAUUGUAAUUAUUACUUAAGGUAUUCUGAAGAUAGGCCAGUUUCUCCUCUGUCAUCAUUGUCUGAGGUUGAUUAUUCAGAUCUUAGUAUCAAGGAUCUCUUAGAUGACAGCAGGCCAGAAUCGCCAGACUUGGUCCCAUCAGAAAAUGGUCUUUCAGCAAAUUUAAAUCCAGGCCGUCAGUCUCAUGCAAGCCCUUUUCCACUUGCAGAUUUGUCAUUCUCGCCUCCAGUAUUUUAUUACCUCCAUCAUUAUAAAACAUUUAUUUCAUCUUUGUUUGAUCCCCUCUAUAAGGGAAAAAGUUCCUCUUUCGAAAUGCUUUUAAAAUUUCACGCAGAACAAAAGUCUUUCCAAGAUCCACAAACAGCCUCUUCCUGUUUUGCUCUCAAACAGUCACGCGAGAUUUCCCCGUGCCGUUUUAAAAAUUUGAACAAUAAUCUUCCAGCCCAACCUUCCACUGCUCUCACUGACAAAUUCACUCCUCCGAAAUAUUCUCCAGAAUGUACUCUCCUACCAUAUUUUUCACCCAAAUGUUCAUCCCACUCGUCUCAGGAAUGUAAAUUUUAUGAAUCAUUUUCACAAUCACAUAAUUUUGUCCACAUACGUGAUGCAUUUCAAUGUAAUCAGUUGUCAAAAACGAUAUCAGUUUCACCAGAUGCAUCUGCAUUGGAUCAAAAGUGCUUCGGUCCAUGUCAUGAUGAGAUCAAACCAGAUUCACCUAAAUCUGUUGUCUUUGACAGUGAACCUCAUCAAAACAUGUCCAUCCAGUCAUUUAGUGACUGUAAUUUAAUACCAUCCACCCAUGUACCUCUUGAUUCUGUAAAAUGUUUAAAACACAAAAAAUCUGAACAAUGUCUCAUCUAUCAAAGUGUUAACAAAGACGAAAGACUUCUAUACGAGCCAUUCCACAGAAGAUUAACAGCACACAUAUAUGAUCCAGUCUACAGGGGGAAACAUGACUGCGACACAGUCAGGUUUGGUGUAACUGAUGAAGGCUUUGAAAAGACUUCUGAGCAAAGCAAUGUUGAAUGUUUAACAGCUUUUGGGGAGGAGAAAUUUCUUCAAGAAUCUAGUCAUUUCAAAAAUAUAAACAGCAUCAAGCCUCGCCUGAAUGAUGCCAGAACUGUCAAUAAUAGCCAGCCAGAGUUGAGUUACAUGCCAUCUGUGAAAGAAAACAUGAAUAUUUGUGACACUGGCAUUGUCACAGAGGCCUUCAGCAAACAAUCUCAAACAAGGAAUGAAACAAUGGAACAGAGACCACUUUUGAAAGACCAUAAAGGAACAGACACUCUUUCUCCAUUAACGAUGACAUACAGCCACGAUGAGUUCUUUAAAGACAUGCCAAGCGAGUCACUGAGAAUGGACAAAAGUUCCUUUCUGCCGGUGUCAACAUCAUCUUCCAAGAUAAAUCUUUUCCAGCAUAAAGAGCAAAAAGAUCCUUAUUUCAAGUGCUUUGUAACAAGCUUACAGUCCAUGCAUUAUAAUGCAAACACACUCUCUGAAAAUGUAGCAUUACACAUUGCAGAUAUUUUUGAUCAAAGUAAAACACAAUCUGAGGUCUCAUUGACUACUGUAACUGGCUCAACAAAAACCACGGAAAAAGGUCUAAUAUUCCUUGACCUAAGUGAAGGAUCCAGCUCAAUGACCAAAGACUCAACUCAAGACAGUGGUGAGGAGGAAAUUAUCACAUCAUCAAACCCGACACCAAUUCUACCAGGUUCUGUAUCCCCACAACAGGAAUAUUUGUUGUCAGAUAUACAAGAGAUGAAAAUGACUCAAGAUGAAGAGUUGAGAUCAAACAUCCUUUGUCCGCCUUUAUCACAACCCCAUGACAGCAUCUCUGAAGGUGAUCAGAUUCAUGAAUGCACUGGUCUUCAUCUUGAAGUUGGAUGUCCCAAAGAUAAUCUCAGUGUCAGACUGCAGCGAGAGAAAGAAAACAUAAAUGCAUCAAUCACGUGGCCUACACAUCUUCCAAUGUCUGACCAAGUCGCCACUGAAGAAUUCUCACUUGAUCCAAUAAUCACACAGUCAACCCCUGGUGGGAAAACUAAUAUCUCAGCCACGGAGGACCUGUCAAGUGCAGAAUAUUCCCAAAGAGGUCAUGACAUUUUGGAGCACUCACUGAGUUUUAUCUCAGAUGUAGGUACACCUAUUUUCCCCCAAGUUCCUGGAAAUGUGCCAAGUAAUGUGUGUGAGGAAUAUUUGAUAAGUGAUGUGGUUCAAGGUCAAGAACAAGAACCAAAUUUGCUGUCUUAUAAAAGAGAAGAACUAACGAGGAGUCUCGAAGAAUUAUGCAAAGAAAUGCCAGAUCUUUCGAGUCAAGAAACAGAUAUUUCUGCGAGACGGUCAAGCUUUGAGGAAUUGAUACCCUGCUCCACCUCGGCUAAGUUUGAGAUGUCCUCAAAUGAGAUUAGUCCAGUGGCUUGUGUACAUCGUCCGAAAACGGCUACCUCCGAAAGACAAGUCAUUUUUGAGGAUCCAAUGCAGCCUGAUCAUUACUUAGAUGAGGUGCACCCAAAAGCUAAUUUGCAACACCUGGAAGAAUCUGUCACUUCAGUAGAAAAUGUACCUGAUUCCCAACCUAGCUUUGUUGAAACAAAAACAACAAUGACUUUAUUCACCUGUGAUCAGGAUAACACCAUCCCCGCAGCGAUCUCUCCCUCCACAACCACCUUUACCUAUCAAGAUGUUGUCUGCAGUGGUACACGUGGUCCAGCAUCUGAAUAUUCAGAUCCGGAGCCUUACUUUGACUGUAGGCAGGCUGCAUCAGAUUUCUUUGAGCCUGAUGAAUCAGAGUUAACUUCUAGCUCAAAUAAGCAUCCGCUUCGGGAUGACCUCAGUUACCCGGGAGAGAAAGAAACUGUGUCUAGACCAGUUUUGCUCUCCUCUGGAAGUGAAGAUUAUGAGGAUGCUUCUGUUGUUCAAGAAGUUUUACCACUCGUGAGUGCAGAUCUCUCAUCCCAUUCAGAGGCAUCUGCUGAAGAAUUUACCUUGUGUGAACUGCCCAGCUCCAAAAUGACAGCAUACGAUGAUACAAAUUCCCUGACAAGGGAGAUCAGCGCAGAGAUUGGCUCAAUGUCUGAAAGUUCUGAUGAUGAAUUUUUGAGUACCAGAAUUGUGCGAAGGAGAGUUGUCAUUCAGGCUGACGAAAUGCCCGACGUUCCUAUGCAGACUACGACAGAAGAAAAGUACAAAGAUGAAAAUGGGCACAUUGUUGUCAGAAAGGUUACUCGAAAGAUUAUUCGCAAGUGUGUUUCCUCGGAUGGUGUGGAGCGGGAGGAGGUCUCGAUAGAGGGAUCCCCUCAGAGAUCCAUAAGUGUUGCCGAGGGAGAUGGUUACUCGAAAGUGGUGAAGCGCACUGUUCUAAAGAGCGAGGGAGACCAUACAGAGGUUACAUUUGCUGAAAGUGAGGGUUUCUCAGCAUCACAAGCAACUGCCGAGGUGCGUAAAGUCAGUUUGGCAGAAAGAACCACUGUGGUAGAGGGUAAAAGAACAGUGACACACAAAGGGGACUUGUCUUUGGCUUCUGACCUCCCCUCAGCCCAAGAGGACUUCAACCAGGCGCUCGGUUAUAUUGGUGGUUUAACCAGAGAAGAGCUCCCCUAUGUGGUUGAAAGUGAGACUGUCAAAGAUGACGGAACUGUGGUCAGGAGGGCCCACAUGCGUAAAGGUCAGACGCUCAGACGGACAGUGGUGCAGGGAGGUGGGCAGGGCAAACAGGUCCUUCUUGAACAAACAGAUGGUCCCACAAAAGCUUCCAAACCACACGAACUCCAGCAGCAUCUGCACCAGUUAUUUCACCACUACUAUGAAGAACACCAGGAGGACCAUGACGACGACGAUGACGAAGAGGAAGCGAAACAGUCAAAGAAUGUGUAACACACUCCCUUGCUACACAAAUUAUCCUAUGCAUUUGCCACAUGCAAUCCCAGCGUGCACCUCAAAGCUACCACAGUCUUCCCAUUCGAGUCCUGAAAGAUUUGAAAUUAUUUUCAGUUUCCCUCCCUCGUGAUGUUACAUAUUCAUUUGUUUCUUUGUUCUGACGUUGUUGGGUUUGUUGGUUUUACUUUUGCCUUUUUUUUUUUUGUGACCAAAGAAUAUCUUUUCUGAUCAAUUUUAGGUUUUGUGUCAACAUAGUCAACAUGUUUUCGUCUUUAUUAUGUGGUAGAGCAACAAAAAAACAUCAGAAAAACAAGACAUGCUAUCUAGCCCACACUGAAGACUUCACCCCAAAAAAGACUCUCCUGAAUGGGUGCUUUAACUUAAAAAAAAAAAAAAAAGAUUCACGCUACACUGCCUCUCACCACCAGACUUAGUGAGAUCAUCUCGGCUUGGAAAAAGCACUCUGCUAGAGUCAGAUUAAACAUGUGUAUUUAUUUAACUACUACCGCUGCUGCUGUUGUGUUUUUGUGUAGUCUUUGUGUAACGUGUCUUUCGGGCAUUCUGAUAGUAUCUAACCUAAUCUAGAUUAUACUGACAUCUGUAGCCUAGGAAUAAUUAAUCAAUCAUGUGAAGUAGGACAGGCAUGACUAAUCAACAUUAUGAUCCCGGCUUUGUAGUGGUUCUGUCCAUUUAGCAACACCCCGGCCCUCACCCCCCACGCGUCUAAUCCAUUUGUUUUAUUCAAGCAGACUUUUGUUGGCACUGCAUCCUAAAUUAUUGAUCACGGCUUUUUUUGGAGUGAAGGGUGAGUGUGUGAGGAAGUUUCACUGUACUGUUGGUCUAUUAUGUUGUUGGUCCAUGCAUGAUCGCUUUGGCGUCUGGUUGAUUUUAGAUUUUUUUUUUUUCAAGCACAUUUUACGUCUAAUUUUAGAGGGUUAUUUUGUGUAAUAUUUUGUAGAUU